AGCAUUUCUAUGCGCUGAAGGCAUGUGAACGGUUGAACUUGCUCCUGCCGGUGUACCACGAUCCGCCCGCCGGUGUUGCCCGCUGCCGUCCACCGACGUCGCUUGUGUAUAUGGUUAGCUCACAUCCUAUCCAACCUCUCUGAACCUCUGGAAGCCUUCCUUGGAAUACAUCCAAAAGCCUCUCGCUUCUCUGGCCACUGCACCUUUCCGGCCGCGGAUGAUACGCGCCGCCCACGGAGCGUCUCGAGCUCACCCACGCCCGGCCCAUUCAGUUGCGCUUACUUCCACGCAGCGCUCCCACAUAGAGUCGUCGAUCCCCUGGCUCCGAGUACAGUCGGCGCUGCAUGCACGGCGUCUAUGAGGCCCCCCAUGGUAUUGUUCCCACAAGAAGCUCCCCCGACCUGAUCAUGACGGCACCCGAGUUUCGCGGGCGGCGAUGGGAUCAGCGGUUGCUCAGCAUGCAGCGGUGGGAGCGCAGGCGCGUAUAUAAGAUGGGCGACAGGUCGAGCGCGGAGAACGAGACCAAGUCUUCGCUCACUGAGGUGCGCAGUGGCGGGCAUCAUGUUACGCUAUCCAAGAGGGACGUCGACACGGCGGCGGAGCUGGUGGCGGGGCGUACGGACGUGAAGCUGGACCCCGAGACGGCUGCUCGACUACGCCGGAAAAUUGACUGGCACAUUAUGCCGCUGUUCUGUUUGAUGUACCUUAUGACCUUUGCGGACAAGACCACGCUAGGCCAGAGCGCGGUCCUAGGCAUCCUGCCAGGGGCACAUCUCACGCAGAACCAGUUUAACUGGCUCGGGACGAUCUUUUAUCUUAGCUAUCUCGCCUUCGAGCUCCCACAAAACCGUGCCCUCCAAUACUUCCCCGUCGGCAAGUGGAUGAGCGUGAACAUCUUCGUGUGGGCAGUCGCUCUGCUAUGUCAUGCCGCUUGCCAUAGCUUCGGCGCGCUCUUCGCGGUGCGGUUCAUUCUCGGUGUCUGCGAAGGCGCGAUCACGCCUGGCUUCAUGAUCGUCACGUCCAUGUUCUACACGCGCGAGGAACAGACCAGGCGCGUGGGAUACUGGUUCCUCAUGAACGGCUUCGCCAUUAUAUUCUUGGGCUUCGUCUCCUUCGGCCUGUUGCACACGCAUACUGGCGGCUUCAUGCCCUGGCAGUGGCUCAUGAUCAUCACUGGGCUCAUUACCCUCAUCACCGCUAUAACCUUCUGGUUCUUCUUCCCCGACUCGCCUACGAACGCGUGGUUCCUAACACCGGAGGAGCGCGUACUGGUCGUUGAGCGGAUCAAGGUGAACCAGGCCGGCGUGGAAAAUAAGACGUGGAAGAAGGAGCAAUUCAUCGAGACACUCAAGGAUCCCAAAGUAUGGGUUAUGGCGCUGUACGCCGGGUUCUCGAACGUUUUCAACUCCCUAAGCAACCAGAGGCAGCUCAUAGUCAGCCAGUUCGGGUUUACCCCAAUUAUCACGACCUUGAUGGGAUGCGUGGAUGGACUGGUCGAGGUCUCCUGCAUCCUUCUUGGGAUCCUUCUUGCCCGAUUCAUUGGUCGAGGCUACGCCGGUAGCCUCAUGUACGUUCCGGGGAUACUUGGUGCCAUCUUGGUAAACACCCUACCAUCCGACAACAAGAUUGGUCUACUAUUCUCGUAUUGGGUAUCUAUCUUCAGUAUCUGUCCGUUCGCGAUUUUCUUGGGCUGGGUGCCGGCAUUGACGGCGGGGCAUACGAAACGCACGACAACAAACGCUAUCGUAAUGAUAUUCUAUGGAAUCGGGAAUGCAGUAGGACCUUUCAUGUGGAAGAAGAAGUAUCAGCCUCGAAACCACGUCCCAUGGACGGUCAUUGCAUGCUGCUCUUUUGUGUCUGGCUUGUUGCUGCUCGCCCUCCGAUACGUGUUGGCAUCCGAAAACAAGCGCCGAGACGCUUCAGCACAAGAGACAGACAGUCUAGACGAAGUAUACGUCGAACAAAAGGACGAGAGUGGAGCUGUCCGCGAGGCAAAGGUCGACAAGGCUUUCCUCGACCUGACCGACAAGCAGAACAAGGACUUCAGAUACAUCCUAUGAGCUCUGUUCUAUCCCUUGCUACGCUGUAUUUAUGUCGUUUUGUAUCUGGGUUUCGUAGUACGCGCACCUCAGUCUACCUUCGGCGCGUCUUACAAGGCGGCCUGUAAUACUCCUUGGUUCCAAUAGAUGACUAUCCCACUGAGCUUGGGCCUGCAGUGCUGAC